UCCACGGAUUUGUUAAUACACGUUAAACAUCAAACAUGCUUUUAUUUCAUCUCCAAGGGACGCCGGUGUCUUGUGGAUCAUGCUUCAGACAACCAACCUACACCAGCAGUACAACAGUUCUGGAAGCACAGACUUCCCAGUCACAGGCACAGUUUGAGCACGAGGUCGGUGUCACACCUGUAAAAGUCGACAUACAGGUAACACCGGAAUUUGAUACUCAGUCUAUAUUUCCGGGUGUUGGGUCGGCACAGCGCGACGACGACGAAGACGACCCUUAUGGAGGGGUAAUUUACAAGUAUGAUGACGCAGUGGUGACCGUAUAUGUACCUAAGAGAUGGGAUGGAUACUCCAACGGGACCGUCAUCUAUACUGGUGGCAACACUUGGUCUGGUCCCACUCAUAUGCAAGAGAAGAGGGCAAAAGUCCGAGUUCGGGUUUGGUCCCCGAGCGAUUUUCCGUGUCCCGACUUUUCCACAACCCAUCCUGUACAGACCGGUCAAGGGACAAGGUCAUUUGUGGAGCUUGUUCACGGGCUAGGAACAGUUCCAGAGUAUGUGACAGUCCAAGUCAGGCAUGGAAGUUCUGGUUGGAUUUCGGAUGGAGUAGGUUAUGUGAUGACGUCAGCAAUGACAUCCAUUAAUACCUCAUGGGGCGGUGUUUUAUAUGCAUACAAUGAGAGUCAUGUCCGGGUCUGGAUACCAAGUGCUUAUUCUGGAAGUCUGUAUAGCUCCGCUGACGGUUGGGGUCGAAAAUAUAACGAAAUCCAGAAUUCCGGGACCCUUUUCGUGAAGGUGUGGAAGUACUUCAAUGGUGAUGAUUUUUUCAGCAAAACUAAAGUCAUCGGAAGUAAGGCAACAUCUGUCGUGAAAGAGAUGACCUUCACGUCGCCGACAUUUAAUACAGAUCAAGGUCUACUUUCCGUUAUGGUUAAGUCCACGGAGGGACCAAAUGCUAACUUCUACUUUCCCGCCACCGGAGCUGUACAGAACGCUCAGGCAACUGGAUCUUACGGAGGUCUUGUUUAUUCCUACUCCACUUCCGGUAUAAAGUUGUGGCAGCCACCACGGAACCACGGGUACCUGAUAUAUGUUAACGACAAAUGGGGAGGAGGUGCCUUCAAACAGAGUUCAAACUCAGCAUUGCUGGUGGUUCUGGCAUGGAAUGCUUAUAGCAUAUGUCCAACAACUGUUGCUACAUCGUCAACCAUGGUGCCUCCUUCUACAUCUACUGUGAAAACAUCAGCGCCUGCGAAAAUCAUGGCGGCGACGUCUGGUAAACAACCGACAGCCUCUCUUAUCGGACAGUCUUCAAUACUAAAUACUUCCUCUCUUGUUGGACAGACCUCUAAAUCAAACUCUAACCCUCCUUUAGCCGGAGCUACAACGUCGACUUUAGUAAAUGUGAAGGGAGGUAAUUCCAUCAAGAACUCUAUUUCAUCCCAACCCGACACGUUCCAGGGACUCUCAGUAGAUCUGCCGUGGUGGGCCGUGGGUGUAGCAGGCUGUGUGACGUUACUUCUGGUGGCCGGCACUAUCAGUGGAAUAGUACUAUGUAUACUAAGGGUCAAGGGCAAUGGAAAAGUUGAGGCCAAGGACAAAGAUCAUCGUGUCCGUGCCAAGGGCAAGGACAGAGUGGGGGUUAAGAGCCACAAGAAACAAGCAUGGGAGUUCUAAACGUCAGGAAUGAACAACAGAACUGUUAACUAAACAGAUGGAACCUCCAAUGUAAAGUACGCAUGCUUCACAUCCCUCAAUGAAGACUUCCGUCUUCACAGACUAUUUCCACUCGCCUACCGAAAAUUACCCUGGUCGGGUAAACCAUAAAUGACUGCAGUAAUAAAAAAAAAUGUAUCAGUAAUAUUUACGAUCGUGUGCUUAAAUCAGUAAGAUAUUAUGUUAUUUCUUUUUAGUUCACAGAAAAAUUCUUUUUACGUAUUCUUUACGCUAUUUAGA